AUGCCAAGCAACGCCAGCCUUAUCCUCUCCCCCAGGACCCGUCAAAGCACGUCCGUUGGCGUCUCACCGCAUCCAUCCGCCUCGCAGCCUCCGCCUGCUCUUCCUCUCCCCCGUCUACGAGCUCCACCGCCGGCGCCCUCCGGCGGUCUCACCGCAUCCGUGCGCACCGUCGCGGCACUCCGCCCCGCCUUCGGCCAGCUGCGACGACACCCUGGUGGAGCGCCCCCCCACCUGCACCCUCCCCAGGACGCGCGGCGCGGACCGCAGGGCGCCGCUGCGCCACGCCGCACCAACGCCGCUGUGGCGCGCCAUGGCCCCGCAACAGCGCCCGUCCGCCUCCGUCCACCUCCCUCAUGGCGCUUCAUCCUCGCGCACUCCCGCAGCAGCGACGGCAGCGCGUACGGCCGCGUCCGCAGCCCGCUGGCGCAGGGAGGCACCAAGCGCCCUCCGCGGUCGCCCAGUGAGAUGGGGGCAGCAGGGCCCCUCCCUCUCGCUAAUAGUACCCACCUCCUCCUGCAUCAUGUGACAGGCACGCCAUACCUAAAUUUAGGUUUUCCUGAUGAUAGCAUCAAUUGCAUCGGCCAGCGUGCUGUCUACUGUGCUAUGGCACAUGACAUCGGUCUAUGCAUGGAUGCUGUAGAAUAUUUUUAG